CUGGAGGAGCUAGGAAGGAUGGAAGAGCUAGAGGAGGUAUGAAGGACAGAAGAGCUAGAGGAGCUAGGAAGGAUGGAAGAGCUAGAGGAGGUAUGAAGGACAGAAGAGCUAGAGCAGCUAGGAAGGAUGGAAGAGCUAGUGGAGCUAUGGAGGAUGGAAGAGCUAGAGGAGUUAUGAAGGAUAGAAGAGCUAGAGGAGCUAGGAAGGAUGGAAGAGCUAGAGGAGCUAGGAAGGAUGGAAGAGCUAGGAAGGAUAGAAGAGCUAGAGGAGCUAGGAAGGAUGGAGGAGCUAGGAAGGAUAGAAGAGCUAGGGGAGCUAGGAAGGAUAGAAGAGCUAGGAGAGCUAGGAAGGAUAGAAGAACUCCAGGUAAAGAAGACAAAGUACAGUAGUAUAUAACUACCAGUAUAGCUGCAGACUGGCGUGUACAUGUAGACACGUAAUGCAGUUGUAGCCCCUGUAGACUCUCUAGCUUUUCUGGAUUAGGUAUAACAUGAAAGUUUCGACCGCCCUCAAUAAUUUAUUGAUCAAUAGUUAUAUGGAUGGAGAAAUUUUUAUCUCUAGCAUAGAACAUUUAUCCAUUUUUGCUCAUACUAAAUAUCGAGAUAAUCUUAAAAUUAUUAACGUUAAUAGCGAAGGUAUUGUUGAUAUUCAGCAUUUGGCAAAAUUAUUAUCCGCAAGUAACAGUAAUAAAAAACUUGUGUCUAUCAUACUAGCAAAUAAUGAAACUGGAGUUAUACAAAACAUCAAGGAACUAGUAAAGCUUGCAAAAAAAUAUGGCGCUGCGUUUCACAGUGAUUGUGUACAAGCAGUUGGUAAAAUAGCUGUUAAUAUUAAAGAAUUAGGACUAGAUUUCGCUACUAUUUCUUCUCAUAAAUUGGGAGGAAUGCAAGGAAGUAGCGUUUUAGUUACCAAGCAAAACUACCUACUCAAAGCUCUAAUAGUAGGAGGGGGCCAGGAAAAAAAUAUUAGAGCUGGUACCGAAAACGUAUUAGCAAUUGCCUCUUUUGGUUUAGCUAGUGAAAUAGCGGCGCUAGAAGUGAAGCAAAGAUAUCAAAGCAUGAAAAAACUGCAGGAUUAUUUGGAGCUCAAUUUGCUAACAUAUCCUAACAUUACUAUCGCCUCAAAAAAUGCUGAGCGAUUACCUAAUACUACUCUCAUGGUAAUUGCUGGCGGUGAAGUCCACACCAAAUUAAUAUCAUUAGAUUUGCGGGGAAUAGCUGAGCCACUCUUUGGGUGGGAAGCUGAAGAAGCGGUAGAAGUUGCUAGGGGUCAAGUGGCAAAGCUUAUUAAUGCAGAACCUAAAGAGAUUAUUUUUACUUCUGGAGCAACUGAAGCAAAUAAUCUAGCAAUUAAGGGAAUAGCCCGGUUUUAUGGUAGUAAAAAGAAACAUAUCAUAACUGCGGUCAGUGAACAUAAGUGUGUUUUAGAUGCGUGCAGGCAUCUGGAAGACGAAGGUUUUGAGGUAACAUAUUUGCCAAUUCAAGCUAAUGGGUUAAUUAAUUUAGAAACAUUCAAGGAUGCGGUACAUGAUAACACUAUGUUAGUGUCUAUUAUGGCUGUUAAUAAUGAAACAGGGGUCAUUCAGCCACUUAAAGAGAUAGGUAAAAUCUGCCGGGAACGAGGUAUCUUUUUUCAUUCAGAUAUUGCCCAAGGAUAUGGCAAGAUUCCAAUUGAUGUUAAUGAAUGUAAUAUAGAUUUAGCCAGUAUUUCAGCUCAUAAAAUUUAUGGCCCUAAAGGGAUAGGAGCUUUAUAUGUGAGAAAGAAACCAAGAGUACGAUUAGUGCCAAUUUUUAAUGGAGGAGGACAAGAAAGGGGAAUGCGUUCUGGUACUUUACCUACUCCUUUAAUUGUUGGGUUAGGAGUAGCAGCGGAGAUAGCUUUAGUAGAAAUGGAAAAAGAUAUUAAGCAUGUAGAAGAACUUUUUAAUAGAUUUUAUGAAAAUAUUACUAAAGAAAUAUCAGAAAUUUAUUUAAACGGUGAUAAGGACGCUAGGUAUAAAGGAAAUUUAAACUUAAGUUUUGCUUAUGUCGAAGGCGAAUCCUUGAUUUUAGCCAUUAAGGAUUUGGCAGUAUCCUCGGGUUCUGCGUGUACUUCCUCUUCACUUGAGCCCUCAUAUGUAUUAAGGUCAAUGGGAGUAGAUGAAGAAUUAGCACAUACUUCUAUUAGGUUUGGUAUAGGAAGAUUUACUACUCAUGAAGAAAUAGAUUAUGCUGUAAAAUUAAUUACCUCUAAGAUUAAUAACUUACGGGAUUUAAGCCCUCUCUGGGAAAUGGUGCAAGAAGGAAUAGAUUUGAAGCAGAUCAAGUGGGCUACUCACUAA